GCUGCGGUACGGGACACGGAACCGAUAUAACGCAGACCAAUGCUUUGAAUCAAUAGCGCGGUCAUUUUUGAACACUACACCCACCUAGAGGCAAAUAAAUAAAAUUACAGGUACUUGCUGGUACAACCGCAAUGGAAACAUCUGAGCAGUUUAAAGAUAAAAUGGAGGAUAAAUGGAAGUCCCUAAAAAGCUAUGUCAUUCCUAAAGUUAAAACAGCAGCUGAAAGAGGAUAUCUUGCUCGUGACAUGACCAGUGAGAGGGAAUAUUAUGAUUUUCUAGAUAUUCUUAAUAAAGCAAGACUGAAUACACUUUGUGAGCUAAAGUCAUCAUGGGACUUUGGGGAGCCCAAGAUGAUCUGCAAUCCAGAUUUGGAAAAAAAGUAUUUUGAAAAGAGGUCAGAGAUUCGAGAAUAUGGGAAAAAUUAUUUAAAGGAACAGUUUUGCUUUCUUGUACUAACAAAAGCAGCCACAGUGGACAUAUGGCAAAAUGGUUUAAGCAUUAACAGUUCAUCUUUUAAUAAGCUUGGCAACCCUCAGCUUGGAGUAUAUGUUUUCAGGCACAUUGACGUGGCCCUGAUCUGGGCACAAAUUAAUUCUAAAAAUUCAGAUGUUGUUAUAGUUUUCAAGGUGCUGUUUGGUAGAGUUAAAAAAAUCCAGAAGAUUGGGGAAACUGAUCUGAAACCAACGUCAGAAUUUGAUAGUCACGUAUCCAGCAAUAUACCUACUUGGAGUGAUUCCUUUGAUGCACAAAUAUCUAACUCAUUGGUAUAUUUAUAUGAACAUGAUAUCAAUUGCAAGCCAGUGGACAAACCCAGGCAUUGCCUUCCCUAUGCUUCAGUAUCUGUCAGAUUUCUUGGACAGAAAACUGGGACAGAUCUUGUUCACACACAUGUAGCAAGACUAAAACUGAAGUCUGAAAGUGAAAGAGAAUCAGAAACAAAGCAGACGUCCUUCAAGCAUAUUUCUAAAAGGAAAUUCAGUUUACAACAAUAUGAGAAAAGUGGGGUACCCCUACCAAAGAAAAGGUCAACUGUGUAUUGCAAAGAUUACUUCUUCUCAACGAGAACAACAGGGAUAAAAGGACCAUUAAGUAAUAUAUUAUCCAGUCCUGAGAAUGCAGAAGACGGUGUUGUGCCAAAGGAAUUCCACCCAAGGGAAGUGAUUGAUCCCUCUCUAAAUUAAUGUUGCAAUCUGAAUACAAGAUCAUUAACCCUUAUGCCCGCUGCAAUAUUCAGCUUGCAUAAAAGGCAUAGAAACCCUGGCCACAGAAUAGGGAUUGUUAGUGAGUAUGAAAGCAACCAUCAAAAGUAGACAGGGUGAUAACCCUUUAUUAAUCAUGGUCUUUGCCUCACUGAAGACACUUUUUUCACAUUUUUGAUAAAUGUAUCUACAUAUUUAUAAUAAAUAUUAAUAAACCAUAAAAACAAUGUCA